AUGUUUACGUGGAUCAUAUUUUCACAACAUCUUGAGCUUGGUUUGUUAUUUGCCACUGCACCUCCAACAAACACAAUUAUUAAUAUUAUACUUACUCUAAUUGGACUACCAGUAUUAUUUUUAUUUUUUGCCCAUUAUUUUAUUACAUAUGAAUUGCAUGAUUUUCCAUGGUUUGCUGAUAAAAAAAAUAAUGUAGAAGAAUUUGAUAAAUUAUUAAAUGAAGUAACCGAAAUAGCAGGUAACUUGGAGAACCUAAACUAAUUCAUUUCAAAUUUUAGUAAAUUUAUCAUGUUAAGAGUAAAGUAUAAUGAAUUUUUGAACGAUUUCCUCUGGUGGAAAUACAGUCUUUUCUAUUAGACAUUGAUGUCAAACUAAGUGCAUGGGCAGAUAGCACAGAUUGCCUACUUUUAGAAUCUAUAUCGUUUUUGUCAAUAUCAAAAGUUUUUAAGGAACUUUUCUGGGGGGGGGGGGGGGGGGGGGGGGGGGGGGGGGGGGGGGGGGGGGGGGGGGGGGGGGGGGGGGGGGGGGGGGGGGG